GCUAAGCUGGCUGGCGGCUUGCGCCGGGCAGAGCAUGGCUACUCUUCGCAGGCUGCGAGAGGUACCCCGGCAUUUGCUGGUCUGCGAGAAAUCCAACUUCGGCCACGACAAGUCGCGCCACCGGCAUCUUGUGGAGACGCACUAUCACAAUUACAGGGUUUCAUUUCUGAUACCUGAGUGUGGGAUACUCUCAGAAGAACUGAAAAACCUGGUUAUGGAAACUGGACCCUAUUACUUUGUGAAGAAUUUACCUCUUCAUGAGUUAAUUACACAGGAAUUCAUCAACACCUUUGUAAAGAAAGGUUCAUGCUAUGCACUAACAUACAAUACAAAUAUUGAUGAAGACAAUACUGUUGCCCUACUGCCAAAUGGGAAAUUAAUUUUGUCACUGGAUAAGGAUACUUAUGAAGAAACUGGGCUUCAAGGUCGUCCAUCUCAGUAUUCUGGCAGAAGAAUCAUGAAAUUUAUUGUUUCCAUUGAUUUGGUGGCUUUAUCCUUCAACUUGGAUUCUAAGAAGUAUGAAAGAAUAUCUUGGUCCCUCAAAGAAAAGAAGCCAUUGAAAUUUGAUUUUCUUUUGGCUUGGCAUCAUACAGGUGCAGAAGACUCAACGAUGGUGUCAUACUUUUCCAACUACCAAAUCCAGGAGCAUCAGCCAAAAAUAGCACUGAGCACAGUGGCCGACCUGCAGUGCCCAGUGCUGCAGAGCAGCUCGCUCAGGGGAGACCCCGAGGUGGCGUGCAGCGCCCCAGAGCUCCUGGACUGGCUGGGCGCUGUCUUCAGCCAUGCAGAACUAAAUAAUGAGCCUAAUAAUUUCAUAUCAACCUACUGCUGUCCUCAGCCAAGCACAGUCGUGGCAAAAGCUUCUCUGUGUACAGUCACUGGUUUCAUAGUUUCAGAGAAGAUAUGUGUCCUCUUGGAACAGCUGUGUCACUACUUUGAUGAACCAAAGUUAGCUCCUUGGGUUACAUUGUCCGUUCAAGGCUUUGCAGACAGCCCUGUUUCAUGGAGAGAAAAUGAACAUGGUUUUCGAAAAGGAGGAGAACAUUUAUACAACUUUGUGAUUUUUAAUAAUCAAGACUAUUGGCUUCAGAUGGCUGUUGGGGCAAAUGAUGGCUGUCCACCAUAAGAAAAUACAAAAUCUGAAAUCA